GUGUUUGGGAAUUGGGACUUUAGUCAAUUUAUACAAUUUAUGUAGUAUUCAUGAUUGAUAAUAUCAGAUUUUAUGUUAUUAUUUAUUUUAUUUUUUAAAUAAAAAAUCAAAAAAUAAAUAAAAAAAACAGGUCUAUUCUGGUCCGAACCCGGACCGGACCUGAUUUUUCAGGUCUAAUCCGGAACCGGACCUGUUGAAUCAGGUCCGGUCUCCGGUCCUUAAAAUUCCCUGAUUCAGGUCCCGGUCCCAACAGGUCCGAUCCAGGUCCGGUCCGGUUUUGGACCGGUGUACAGCCCUAGUCCUGACUCCUGACCCAUUCACAAAGAGCCGUUAUCAAGUGAUACCAUUCUCCCGUGACCUCCCAAACUUAACCCCACGACAAAUUUUCAACGCAUCAACCCGUUAAAAACUGACUCUCUCCUGAACCUCCCUAACAUUUCAUCAUUUUUUAUAUUUCUUUCUACAAUUCUUAAAAAAAAAACCAACAAAACUAGCCGUUGUAAUCUACUCAAAAUCCUCCAUCACUCCCCCUUCAUACUCCUCACUUCUCCCAUGAAACCUUUCUACUGUCUCUUUCUCUGUCUUUCCCUCUCUUCUCUUCUCUUCUAACAACUUAAAGAGAAGACAACAAAACAAUUCGAUCUUAUUAGUCACUUUUUAUUUAUAUAUAUUCAUACAUUCAUCUUUUUAAAACAAAAUUGUUUUCAUAUAAAAUUGCAUUUUUGUUGCAUUUUGAUUAAUGGGUGAUUUUUAUUUUAUACGAAAACAUAAGGGGGUAGCCUUAAAUUUGCUUAAACUCUCAUUACUAUACUCAAUUUUUCAUCUACUAUGCAUUUCACCCAAUUUUGUAACAGGACAACAAAAUGAUGGUGUAACUAUCACACUUUCUGAUUUUCAAGCACUACAAGCGUUUAAGCGUGAGCUCAUCGAUCUUCGCGGUGCGCUUAAGAGCUGGAAUGGUACUAGAAAUGGAGCCUGCUCCGGUAGCUGGGCCGGCAUCAAGUGUGUCAAGGGACAAGUGGUAGCAAUACAACUUCCAUUCAAGGUUUUAGGAGGAAGAAUUUCUAACAAAAUUGGUCAAUUUAAAGAGCUUAGAAAGCUUAGUCUUCAUGAUAAUCUUAUUGGGGGUACUAUCCCUUCAUCUAUUGGGUCUCUUCCUAAUCUUAGAGGUCUUUAUUUGUUCAACAAUCGAUUUUCUGGGGUAAUCCCACCUUCAAUUGGGAACUCUCCUCAAAUUCAAGCUAUUGAUCUUAGUAAUAAUUUGCUUGUUGGGUCUAUUCCUGUUAAUCUUGUUAAUUCUCCUAGGAUUCAUAGGGUUAAUUUGAGUUUUAAUUCGAUUUCGGGUUCGAUUCCUCGAGGUUUUGCUCUUUCUUCUCCUUUGGUUUAUCUUGCCCUUCAGAGUAAUAAUCUUUCUGGGUCAAUCCCAAUUUCUUGGAGUACCCAAAAUUUAAGGUCACUAACCCUUGAUCAUAAUUCUUUCAAUGGGAGUAUCCCACAUUCUUUGGGUAAGUUGAGUAGUCUUGAGGAAUUAUCUUUGAGUCAUAACAAGUUUAAUGGUAGUUUUCCUGAGGAAUUGGUUGGUUUGAAGAAUUUGUCAUCUCUUAAUCUCAAGAAAAACCAUCUUACAGGAGAUAUUCCUCUUGCAAUUGGUAAUCUUUCUAGGAUUAGUCUUCUUGAUUUGUCAGAGAACAACUUCACAGGAGAAAUUCCUGCAUCACUAGAAAAUCUUUCCAAUUUGACCUCUUUUAAUGUCUCUUACAACUCUUUCUCCGGCCAAGUUCCAGACCGCCUUUCGAAACGAUUUAAUUCAUCUUCAUUUGUAGGGAACAUUCAGUUGUGUGGGUUUAGUCCUUCAACUCCAUGUAUUGCAGCAACACCAGCUGAAACCCCAUCAAUGAGCCCAUUAUCUAGUGAAAAACCAAAGCACCAUCAUAGAAGAUUGAGCACAAAGGAUAUAAUCUUGAUUAUUGUUGGAGCACUUCUUGCAAUAUUGUUUGUACUUUGCUGUGUUUUGCUGUUUUGUUUGUUCAGGAAAAGAGCAGGUGCUAAAGCUAGGAAUGGCAAAUCUGCUGGAGUUGAGAAGGGUUUUGCUGCAGGUGCUGCAGGAGCAAGUGCUGAAACCGGACGGAAUGGCGGUAAAUUGGUGUUGUUUGAUGGACCAUUUGUGUUUACAGCUGAUGAUUUGCUGUGUGCAACUGCUGAGAUCAUGGGGAAGAGUCCUUACGGAACCGUGUACAAGGCCACACUCGAGGAUGGUAAUCAAGUCGCGGUUAAGAGGCUCAGGGAGAAGCUUGCAAAGACUCCGAAAGAGUUUGAAAUAGAGGUUGCUGCACUUGGAAGGAUUCGCCACCCGAACCUUCUUCCCCUUAGGGCCUAUUACUUGGGACCUAAAGGAGAGAAGUUGCUGGUUUUUGACUACAUGUCUAAGGGUAGUCUGUCUUCCUUUCUUCAUGCUCGAGGACCUGAAACAACAAUCGAUUGGCCAACGAGGAUGAAGAUCGCGAUAGGAGUAACACGUGGACUGAACUAUAUUCAUAGCCAAGAGAGCUUAGUUCAUGGAAGCCUCACAGCAACUGACGUAUACCUAGAUGAGCAAAACAACCCCAGAAUAUCUGAUUAUGGGAUUCACAGGCUGAUGAUAGACUCUGCAAACACCAAUGUGAUUGCCACAGCUGGUUCAGCAGGUUACCGUGCACCUGAGCUUCCGAAGACUAAGAAGGCGACUACAAAAACCGACAUCUACAGUCUAGGGGUGAUCAUAUUAGAGCUCUUGACAGGAAAGUCUCCUAAUGAGUCAGUGGACGGUUUAGAUUUGCCGCAGUGGGUAGCAUCAACUGUCAAGGAAGAGUGGACUAAUGAGGUUUUUGAUUUGGAGCUGAUGAGGGAUGUUUCAACUACAGGGGAUGAAAUGCUUAACACAUUGAAAUUAGCCUUGCACUUGGUUGAUCCUUCACCUGAUGCGAGGCCGGAUGUUCAGCAGGUUCUUCAGCAGUUAGAGGAGAUUAAUCCUAAGCUCAUUGCUGAAACUCCUGAGGAAUCUGCAGAGAAAAGCCAUCACUGAUCUGAAUUCUGAAAGUUGGGUUUUUUGAACUAUAUAAAUACUUGUGAUAUAUUGUAUACAUUUUCUUUUUAGUAUAUAGGCCUUCUGUUUUAGGAUUAAUAGUUGUAUUUGUUAUAGAUAUGGCAUUUUUUAUUCUUUGAACAUGGGUAAUAAAGGUCGAAACACACUGCAAGAUAUGCUGUAAGAUAUUUAGUAUACACAAAAUCAAUGAAUUUGAGGUAUUUCAGGUAAA